AUGAAGUUACUAAGACAAAUAUUAUGUGUGUCCAAAACUACAUGGCUACAAUCUUACAAACGUAGUUAUGCCAGCAGAAAUAUUUUAAAACUGAGUGAACGCGGGAUGUACCAAGACUUGUUUCCUAACACUGCCGGAUCUGAAAUAUUAGACUUAUUAAACAAAGCUCCACAAUGUGUCUAUGCUGGCUUUGACCCCACGGCAAAUAGCCUUCAUGUUGGCAACCUACUUGUUAUUAUAAACCUACUGCAUUGGCAACGUGGAGGCCAUGACGUUAUUGCUUUGUUAGGUGGAGCUACAGGGUACAUUGGUGAUCCAAGUGGAAGGAGCACAGACCGAGUAGCGUUACAUAGUGAAGUAAUACAAGACAAUGUUAAUUGUAUCAAGAAUAAUCUAGAGACAGUGUUUGAAAACCAUAAGAAAUAUAUCUGGACAAAAGAUGAAAGUAAACUUAAACCUAUCAAGGUAGUCAACAACGAAUCCUGGUACAGAGGUAUAGAUUCCAUACAAUUUGUGAGUGACAUAGGUAGAAACUUCCGCAUGGGUACAAUGUUACUAAAACAUAGUGUACAGACUAGAAUUAAUUCAGAAAUUGGAAUGAGUUUCACUGAAUUUGCAUAUCAGAUAUUCCAGUCUUAUGACUGGUUACAUUUGCUGAAGGAGUACAACUGUAGAUUUCAGAUAGGUGGCAGUGACCAGAUGGGUAAUAUAAGUGCUGGACAUGAAUUAAUCAGUAGAACGACAAAGAAAAGUGUUUAUGGUCUCACAUUACCUCUAGUCACGACAGAAGAAGGCGACAAAUUCGGUAAAUCAGCAGGCAAUGCUGUAUGGUUAGAUGCAAAGAAAACUAGCCCUUAUGGUUUAUAUCAGUUCUUCAUCAGGACAAAGGAUUCCGAGGUUGAGAAUCUACUGAAAUUGUUUACAUUCUACAGUGUAGGCGAAAUACAGGACAUUAUGUUCAAACAUAAACAGCACCCUGAACAGAGAUACCCACAGACUUGUUUAGCUGAUCAACUUACGACUUUAGUACAUGGAAAAGAGGGAUUAGAGCGAGCAAUGAAAGCAACAGAAGCGAUAUACAGCAAAGACGUGAAGUCUCUGGUCACGCUUAGCAGUACGGAGUUGGAGCAGAUAUUCGAGAAUGCGACAGUGACGAACCUACUUCUAUCUCCUGGCAUAACUGUACUGGAACUCGGCAUGAAGGCGAAAUGCUUUCCCACUGAAAACGAUGCAAUGAGGAUCAUCCAAGCCGGCGGUUUCUACAUCAACCACCAGAAAGUAAAGAAGAUUGAUGAAGUUAUCACCCAGUCUGCGCACAUACUACCUAACUUAUUGUCCUUACUUAGAGUUGGCAAACGAAACUAUUAUAUUGUGAAAUGGCAGACGUAA